AUGGCUAACACGGCCACUACAUCGACGGCCGCAAAAAAGAAGCAAGAUGAGCGGAACUCGAAAAUUAUUAGAGAGUUGGCGAAUUUGCCCGACAAUCGCUUUUGUUUCGAGUGCGGUCAACGGGGACCAACAUAUGUGAACAUCACCGAGGGAUCAUUUUGCUGCAGCACGUGCUCCGGACUAUUAAGAGGCCUCAAUCCGCCACAUCGAGUCAAAUCCAUCUCGAUGGCCACCUUCUCCAACGAGGAACUUGAAAAGAUUCGAACGCUUGGAAACGCGGAAAAUAAGAAAACCUGGCUUGGUCUUUAUGAGGGAGCAGCGCCUAAAUUUGCGACAAGAGACGAACGGCAAACUUUCUUAAUCAAAAAAUACGAAAAGAAAGCUUGGUUUGUGUCUCGAAGUGAAUUGAACGAACAAGAGAGACUAUUCACUGCGGCAAGGGAACGCUCAAGUCAAUGCUCGACCAGUGUCACCUCGGAAAGUAGUCAACAGACAAACGACCUCUUGAAUGAUCCAUUCUCUGAUGCGUUUGCUUUCACGCAGACACAAGGAACGAAUUUGUCGGUGCCUCUCUCUCCGCCCUCUCAACUCGCUCCACCGCCUCCAUUGUUCUCAACAUCUCCGAGCAACUCCUUUCCGAUGCCGACAACGACAACACCAAAGACGAAGCCAUCUCUUCCCAUUAAUCCGCAAGUAUCAGCUUUUGUUGAUCCAUUCUCACCGGUUGAGACGCAAAAGCCGAUCGCUUCCACAAAUCCAGCUGAUCCGUUUGCUGACUUCGAUAAUCUCUUCGGUGGCCUAUCCGUUCAAAAGCCUCCACCAACACAAAUGCCAAGAUCGCAAACCGUUGGCGGAGUGUCACCACGACCAGCUCAAGUUCCAAUAUUGCAACAGCAACCGAUUGUUUCUCAAACGCGACCAGAUCCUACUCCAUCAGUGCCGAUUUCUCAACCGUCUGCCGUUGAUAAAUACUCGGCUUUGGCUGAGUUGGAUCAGAUCUUCAGCAGUGGAUCACCGGCUACAACAGCUCCAGUGAAUGGACAUCAACAUCAACAACAGCCCCAGCAACAACAAUGGAGUUCGUCAGCGUAUGGCUCAAGACCGACGAAUGGUGGGAAUCCAUUUGGACAGGCGACUCCGGUAGUGGCACCGAUUCAACAGCCAAACCCUGCCCAAGCCUGGCCGAAUCCUUUUCAAGUGGUGAACCCAUUCGGACCGACAAAUGGCCAAGUGAAUCCCUUUGCUUCGCAAAUCCAAAAGAGCUCAACAGUUGGGGCUUUUGGGGAUCUUUCAUCGAAUUCUAUGAAUCAGCAAUUCACCCAUCAACAGCAACACUUCGCCAGCAAUUUUCAGCAUUCGGUCGGCUUUGUUGAAGGGAAUCCUUUUGCCUCUUCAUUCUCCAAUCCACAAAGCUCAGCGCUGCAGCCGAACCGUCUUCUUUCCAACUCGACCACGAAUACCCCGAAUUGGAAUCCGUUUUCG